AUGGAUGUCAUAGGAGAUCAUUUUACAGAGGAACCUAUUGAAGAAAUAUCAUUAGAAUGGGACUGCUUUUCACAUGAAAUCUAUGACAUCACGUGUCAUGGAAAUGACGUGGAUGGUUUUUACUGGGCUGACAUCAGUAAAAUGCACCACCCCAUCUCACCUGGGUUUUCUUCCGGAGAUAUUGGACAGGACCCCUUUAUCCAGAAUCUGCUACAAGAUCGAAAUUCAUCGUCGCAAAGAACAAUUUGGACACCUUUCAGAGAAAAUGUGCCACGAAGAGAAAAUUUGGACGACCAUUUAUCAUCGUCAUCUUCGUCGACGGAUUACUUCAGUUGUUUUGAUUCCGAUUCUGAUGAUGAAUGCAAGAAAGAAUGGCAUCAUUUCGACGCUGAUUUCUCUAAUUUGAACCUGUGUCUGAAUAUCUCCGUCUCACACAAACAAAAAGAUCCUCAAAUUGUCAUCACAGCAAAAGCUGAGAAGAAGAAACAAUUGCCAAUGUUAUCAUCGUCCCUACAUGUAUGCGUUUCCGACGACGAGUUCAUCGACCUUUCGGCUCUGCAGUCCAUGAUAAACAAACAAAACAACAAAAGCGUAAUGCGGUACCGUCUAGUGCAUAUACCAGAGAUGGAAUACACACUCGAUGAUGAAGUUUCGAAGUCUGAAAUUGAAAGUGCCAUGCCAUCAUGGUGUCAAAUUUUUAAACCUCUUAACGAAAUAACUGAAGCUGCAGUUGUAAAACACGACGUAAAAAAUCUUGUACAUUCAUUCGAGAAUUUGAUCAAAGCAGAAGAGGAGGAAUGUAAAGCUUCGUGUACGAGUAAAGGAAAAACAAAGCACGUCGACUUGGUCGUUGAAACUGCAUUGGAUGAAAGAGUAGAAAAGAAUCUGAGAACAAACACGAGGGAAACUGUUUCCACAUUUACCACCAAAUGUGAAGAUGUUUCUGAAGAUUCUUUCCAAAUAUUUCGAAAGAUAAGCGAAUGCGUUAUGCAAGAUAUUAUCACCAAACUAGAAUUGGACUCCCAGGCUGACCUGUCUACCUUGGACGCUGGACAAGUCUUGUUCAAUAGCACGGCAAUGGAGUUUGAAAACAACCAUGAUGAUAAAAUCAUAAAAAGAAACAGGUAUUUGAACAUCGAGGAAGGUAUUGAAGCUGAGGUCGACAACGACGGUGGGGAGAUGAUAAUGGCGUUACCUUUAGGAGGUAGACAAAUUGAAAACAAAACAAAACUUGCCAUUCAGACACAAUCCACAACUGAAUCAAGAGAACAGGUCAAGAACAUUGUCUACAUCAAGGAAGAGUUUCUAUUUCCACACAGCAUUCCAAUCCAGAUAAAAGAGAAGUAUUUUGAACAGAGCGAGGAGCGCUUCCUCGACCAAGUAGUACCACCGUCAUCUGGUAACAUUGAUGUAGAGAAUGCCAGCAGUAACACUAAACAGCAGCUAGAGUGGAGCAAGCAAGGUCAAAUUGUGUCCGUUGAAGAUAUCCUGUUAAAAAUCCCUCGUGAAUAUGAUGUCUCUAAUGUUGCUACUUCAAAGGUGGAAACACGCAAUCUUUUGGGAGAACAAGCUGCUAGCAACUUCUACCAAAUGUCUACAAAAGAAGAAGUCAAUAACAUCUUUUCUUCUUUAAAUGAGGACACAGGGGUAAAACAUCGAGUUCUGAAGGAAAAACUGGCUGAAGUCGAACCUGUAGAAAAUGGUUCUGCACGUCCUUUUAUACAGAAAGAAGUGGACACCAAGUGCAAUGUAAGAGAACAAAGUAUUAGACCUGUUGAUAAGGUAUGCUUGAAAACAACUAGACCGCAGGAAAAAGUGAGAUACCAUUAUUCACCUGUUCAUGUAAAGAAAGACAACGUAUGCCAAGAUAAACAAGAUCAAAUCGUACACAGCAAAGACAAUGCAUCCACAGGUACGAAAAAAGAACGUGAUGAUUUAUUCGAGUCCUUAAGGAAACCUUUUCUGGCGGUGCAAACAGGUGAUGGACAUGGUCUUAUAGGUGAAAAACAAAUAAAGGAUGGGAAUGUUACAAAGCACACUAGAGAGGAAAGGUGUGGUACAAAGGUGAGAUACACACAAAAAUGUCUCUCAAAAUCGAAACAAGAAAAUCCACAAAAAUCUCCACAGGAACUUGCGAAUGUGCGCAAGAUAUCAGAACUCUUACAAAGAAUUGAGAAAAUUUGCGAUGGCAAGACAGUGCAUCUUAGACAGGAGUACAUCGUCGGGGAAAGACACUGCGGUAGUCCAUCCGAUCGGUUCUCUUUCUCCUCGGAAAAUAAUGGAAUGGAAAAUGCUUCACUUCCUCCAGAAAGUAUUUACUCUAAAACUGCACCCAUGAUUUCAACGACUUACGGUGCAUGUAAAGUAAAGAAAACAGAGACCGAGUCGACACCAGCAUCCAAAGAAAGAAGCGGUAUCGUACCUGUAAAAGAGUGGGAUGAAUUACUCGGGUAUAGACCCAGAAAUAAAGCACUGAAGCUUCAAUACGAGUCCAACAAAUGUACAAUAACAGUGGAGUACUGCCAUACAGAGACGGCAAACAAAAACAUAUCUUCCAUUAAUAAAGAUCAAUCCUUGGAGAUACCACAUCAAUCAUCGGAGAAUCAUAAGCCCCUGCCAAUUUCAAAAUAUACCAAGACAAUUGUCGAAGAUGGGAAAAUUCUUUACAAGAAUACGAAAAGCUGGGGUACACAAAGUAAAGUGGAAAAAGUAUGCAAGCUUUCCGAAGUUAGUCAAUCAGAAAUACCUAGGAUAACCUACAGAACGUCCCGAAAAGAGGUAACUCAAAACCAACAGCCGACUAAAUCUGAUGUGAGGAAGGAUGAGGGUAGGAUGAAUGCAAGUAGUUACAUAAAACGCGAUUCAGGGAGAUUUGACUUGAAUAGGUACAUCAAAAAGAAAGGGGACAAUACAAUAACCAGAAAGAAUUGCGAAAGGAAUAUCAGUAACGAGUCAUACUAUUACACAGCGAAGAUGUUAACUAUUCGAGUCAUCGCCAACGCCAAAUUAGAAAUUUCGAGGGAGUUUCUUGAACAAGAUAAUGUCAAGCAAAGGUCAGCAAAUCCUGCAGAUCCUUUCCAAACAUCCACAGGCUGUCAUGCAAAUACGUUUCACGAAAAAAGAUGUAGCAAUCGACCAAAAGAGCCUUCUCAAUGUCACUCUACCAAAACCAAAUCACAAAGAAAAUGGGAUAGAAAAGAAUAUCCAGCAGAAUCCCAAAGGAAAUGGGAUAGAAAAGAAUAUCCAGCUGAAUCCCAAAGGAAAUGGAAUAGAAAAGAGGAACCAACAGAAAAUGAACUAUCAAAAGAAAAGAUUGAGUCUAGCAACAGAUGUUUCACGGGAAAACGCCAAGCAAAGGAUUACAGUGUUGAUUUCGAGUCCACUCAAAGCCAGAGGAGACCAAAAGUAUGGCGUGAAGAAGCUGUCAGGAGAAAUGACUAUUUCCCCAACUCUCCAAUAGAUCUGAAACGAAAACAAGUUCAAUUUGAUGUCUGAAAACAUUAGUUCAUUUAUUAUUUGGUAACAUUCAAAUCAAAAUGGAAGUUAAAUUUUUCUUGUCACAAAGUUGUA